UCAUGUCAAUAUUGAUCAUCAAACGCAAUUGAUUUCACCAUCUUAAUAGAAGAGCCAAAAAUACGCUGAAAAACUGUGAUGAAUGAAGUCCAACGAAAUGAAUUUGUUUUGAUGUUUUUGCCAUGUGUGAAACGGGCAAAAUUCAUUUGUCCACAUGAUUCACCAUGCAAUUGAAUGGCUCACAAAACGCACAUCACAACUGCUUAAACUCACCACAGAAAAUGGCCUGACAUCACACGCUUACAUAUACACGCACACACACACAUACACACACACUCCACCACCACAACUUGAAUCACUCGAAUACAUCAACGAAAACAGUUGCACACAGCACACAAGCAAUUGAAACCUUUUGUUUUCGUUCACCUAAAUCUCAUCGUCUCGCUCACUCUCUCGUUCAAAUGUACGGAGUUGAGAAAUCAGUUUGAAUAUACCAAAGCAAUGAACAUUUUUAUGUUGAGGUAAAAUUAACGGAGAGCAAUAUGUUUGAAGCAAAUGAAUGUUGUUGGAAAAUUUUGUUGGAAAUCAGCGCAAAAAAGAUUGGGUGAGAAAACAAAAAUUUACAAUCAGCAGGUAUAUUAGCAAAACUCUGAUUCUUUGCGUUUCGUUUCGUGUUUUUUUUUGGUGAAGUUCGUUGUGUUUUUGACAAUUCUGUCAUCGAAAACAAUCUGUCAUCAUAGCCCAUAUGUGAAGUGAUUUGAUAGUGUGCGUGCUCUCGCUCUUUCUCUCUCUCUCUCUCGUUCUCUCGCUCUAUCUGUAUGUGCAUCAAUACGUGAAUGAGUGUUAUUACUGCGUUUAAAAGCUAUCAAAGUGAAAAUUCUACUUUCUUUGCUUCAUACAUGCACAUACGUCGUUUUUGUUUCCUAUAUUUUUAUUGUUAUUAUCUUUGGGUAUUAAAUACGUCAAUGUGAAUGUGCUAAAUAAAUAAAUUUAUUCGCAACUACUGAAGAGAACGCGAAACGAAAUCAGAAAAUAAAACCGAGAUAAAAAAUAAUAACGAGAGAAAAGAAGAAAAAGAAACAUUGAAAAUAUUAUAAAAAUACUGCAUUAUUGGAAAGACGAAAUCAGAAUCGCUAAAAAAAAAUAAAGUCAACGAAAUUCUUUGUGGUUUCGUUUAAUUUCGUGUGUGUUUUUUUUCUUCGUUCAUCAAGAAUCCCAUUUUUUUUCUGUGUUCAUCUAAGUGGUGAUUUGAUAAAAUUCGUGUGAGCUCGAGAGAUUUCGCAGUGUGUGGUUUCUUGUGUGUUCAUUUUGCGAUGGGCUAAAAUUGUGAAGAAAGUGCGAAAAAACUGUUUUGUAUUUUGCCUCGUGCAAAUUUAGGUCUUUUGCUCUAGUUUUUUUUUUUCUUUCUUGUCAUUUCUUCGAUUGUUGUUUUUUCUUUGCUCUGAAUUUAAUCACACUCCGUAUCGAAUGAACUUGUUGACUCAUUGACUUUGGACCAGUGAAGAAAAAAACUAAAUAAAUUGAAAUGUGUUGACGGUAAGGAAGACAGAUAAAAAGAAACAGAAAGGUUUUGUUUUUGUCGCAUGAUAUGCCAGUAGUGAAGGCAGAGUGUAAAACCAAAAGAAAUCAACGAAUCGUGACAGACCAGAAUCAGUGUUUUCAACCACCUGAAAAUUCAUUCAAGAGAAAAAAACACACACACACACAUCACACCAAAUCAUUUAUGAUCCAACCGAAAAUCAAAAAAGCAUUUUGUGUAUGCUGACCGUUGUGAAUGACAUACAAAUUGCAGGUCAGAAAAAGUGUGAUUAUUCAGUAAUGAUGGCAUAAUUGCGAAUUGUGAACGUAUCCAAAAUAAACGUCAGAAAAGAUUGAAAGAAACACGAAAAACAAAAACGAAUUGAUACAAGCAUCAAAACGGAAAGUGAAUUUAAAAAUAAAGUAUUUAAACCACUGGGAAAAUUGGAAUAUGCCGCAAAUGGGAUGCUGAAAAUUGUGCGUUAAAAUAUUUGUGGUCAGAAUAAAUCGAGAGCAAAACUCAUGGAGCGACUUCCUGAAUAUCUGCGAGAUACCGUUGAAUGGUUUAUGGGAAAAGCCCGGCGCAAAGAAAAGGAUGGUGAUCAAAAUUCAAAUGACACAAAACUCUAUUUAGAAGAAAGUGUACUUGAACGAAAACUUACCGAUGCCAACCUUAAUACAAUUAUAGAACUUCCAGCUGGCUUAGACUAUAACGAAUGGCUUGCUUCGCACACAUUGGCACUAUUUGAACAUGUAAAUUUAGUGUACGGAACAAUUAGUGAAUUUUGUACAACAUCCGGGUGCCCAGAUAUGACUGGACCAGGAAAUAGAAUGUACUUAUGGUUCGACGAAAAAGGGAAAAAGACUCGCGUUGCAGCACCGCAAUACAUCGACUAUGUAAUGACAUUUACACAAAAAACUGUUAGCGAUGAGUCGAUAUUUCCAACAAAAUAUGCCAACGAAUUUCCUAGUUCAUUCGAAAGCAUUGCAAGGAAAAUCUUGCGACUAUUAUUUCAUGUGAUUGCUCAUUUGUAUGCAGCCCACUUUCGGGAGAUUGCUUUGUUAGGUUUACAUUCGCAUUUAAAUUUAACAUUUGCCCAUUUGACCGCGUUGCAUAAGCGUUUCAAUUUAAUAGAAUCCAAAGAAACUGAUGUGUUACGUGACCUGGAGAUCGCAUUGCGAUUAACUGAUGAUCCCGCAUUACCACAGCAGCAACAGUCGGUGUCGUCAUCAUCGAUACCGUGCACGGAAUUAAAUUCACAAACGUCUCUGCUACAGUCCUCAACUAAUUUAACGACAAUACACACGAUGUCCUCGACUACAUCUGCUUCAAUAACGGCAGCAACAGUCACAACCAGCAGUAGCACUACGCUUGUAAAUUAUAGUGAUGAUCAAACACAAGUUUCGCUUAUCGGUGAUACGGGGCUAAGUACGCAGCUGGAUGCGACGUCGUCGUCGGCGGCAGCAACCACAUCGACAAAUGGAUCAAAUCUCAUUUCGGACACGUCAUCUCAGCAACAGCAGCAACAGCCUCAGCAACAGCGCGGAUAGGCAACAACAACAAAAAAAUCCACUGAAUUGGACGCACUAUUUAUAAACAAAUAAUAACAACAACAGAAACAGAAAAUCUAUCUCCAUUGAAAUACACACACACACACAUUUUCGUCGCUUUACGCUGUGCACAUUUAUAUGGAAUUUUCAUUAAUCGAAACAAUCGUCCUAAACAACAACAAGAAAAA